UAAUAAAGGAUUCAACAACAUUGCGACCCGCAUCUGGCCAAACUUAAAGGUCAUCGACUGCAUUGCUGGAGGUCCUUUUAUUCAUUAUGUGUACACAUUGCGUCACCAGUAUAUUGGCUCAGAGAUUGCUAUAUAUAGUCCGUUAUAUGCUGGCACCGAAGGCUUGUUUGGAAUGAAUUUAUGGCCGGAUCGAGUACCGAUGAACUACCUCUUGUUUCCUUAUGGAAUAUUUUAUGAGUUUAUUCCUUUGGCUAACGUACACGACACUGUGCCACCGACACUGUUCAUGGACCAGCUGGAGAAAGGUCAAGAUUACGAAAUUGUUUUAACUACACGUGCUGGACUGUAUCGGUAUCGGCUCGGUGACAUUGUUCGUGUGGUGGACUUUUUCCAGCAGUGCCCGGUUAUCGAGUUCCAAUACCGUUCUGGACAAUUGUUGAACAUUAAAGCUGAAAAGGUUUCGGAAGUCGUCAUGUUAGACGCCAUUAAACAAGCUGUGGAUUCGUUGGACGUAAAAGUUGAGAGGAUUGUGGAUUUCACAGCGUGCGAAAGUUUGACACGCGAUGCAGCUGAACUAGGCAAAGAUGUCUCGAUUUCCAGUGUACCGUGCUAUGUGGUCUUCCUGGAACUGACCAUUACUGGUGCCGUCAACUUGAAGGAAGUCCAACUGGCUUUGGCUGAUAAAGUGGAUGAACGGCUGGCGCACAAUCACAGUGACUACAAACUGUACCGCAGUAAGGGCGCCAUUGGUCCACUGGAGCUGUACCUCCUUAAACCCGCAUCCUUUGUUCGCAUGAGGAACUAUAUGCUGGAUAACAGCGGUUCGUCGCCCAGCCAACUGAAGAUGCCGCGAGUACUGCGCAAACCCGAACUAGUCAAAUUCAUAUGGGGUGAACGCGUUUAAUAUUAAUAUUAUUUUCUUUUUGUUGGUCACUCUUAUGUCGGCUAAUACUGGACUGUAGCAGAUGUUGUUUGUGGGACGCUGUGGCAGUAAAUGGUUGUACGGUGUACCAGUGUCGAUUUCGGGGUAGUGUCAAAUGCAGAUCACAAGGCUGUUCUGCACUUUAGUCUUUAGUACCUCGAAAUUUGUUCGCCAGUUACAAAAAUUUUUUCGAGUUGA